GCUUUUCUUUUUUCUGUAAUCAGGUCUCUUUUGAAAUCGCUUCGUACUGCCACGUCAUCUGAUGUCACUGCCGCACCUGCGCAGCCAUCUUGUACUUCUGCGGCCAGAGAGGAAGGAAGAAAAGCAAGGAUAAAACUGAACCGUGCUAUUAUUCAUUAGAGUAAUGUCCGAUAAGUGAAGGGACGUAACUGAAAGGCAGCGUGCAGCGUGACAGCAGCGGAGGGGAAUCAGAGACACGGCGGAGUUCGUCACAGAGCCAUAGAAUUACACACGCAGAGGAGUCAUCUGUUCUCUAGGAGUGAAAAGAGGAAGGAAGAGUGUCCGUCAGCUUUCCACCUAAAAUAAUACACACCGGCCUUCACCCACCAUGAAUCCUGAAUAUGACUACCUGUUCAAGUUGCUCCUCAUCGGUGACUCUGGAGUGGGCAAGUCAUGUCUCCUGUUGAGAUUUGCAGAUGACACGUACACAGAGAGCUACAUCAGCACCAUUGGAGUGGACUUCAAGAUCCGCACCAUUGAACUGGAUGGCAAAACUAUUAAGCUUCAGAUUUGGGAUACUGCUGGUCAGGAAAGGUUUCGCACCAUCACUUCAAGUUACUACAGAGGGGCACAUGGCAUCAUUGUGGUGUAUGAUGUUACUGAUCAGGAAUCUUACAACAAUGUAAAACAGUGGCUUCAGGAGAUUGAUCGCUAUGCCAGUGAGAACGUCAACAAGCUGCUGGUUGGAAACAAGUGCGACCUCACCACUAAGAAAGUAGUGGACUACACAACAGCCAAAGAAUUUGCUGAUUCUCUUGCCAUUCCUUUCCUUGAAACGAGCGCUAAGAACGCCACCAACGUGGAGCAGGCCUUCAUGACCAUGGCUGCCGAGAUCAAGAAACGCAUGGGCCCGGGAGCUACAGCUGGAGGAGACAAACCCAACCUGAAGAUCGAGAGCACUCCAGUUCGACAGUCUGGUGGUGGCUGCUGUUGAAGAGCAUCUCUCUCACACAUACACUCACAAAAACAUGCCCUUUCUGCCCUCCCAUACAUACAUACAUACAUACAUACAUACAUACAUACAUACAAACGCACACACACACACAAACACACACUUGCAUACAUCUAGGAGCAUAAGAACAGAAGGUGAUGUUCUAACAUUCGCAUGGGAGUAACCACUGCAUUCGAAGCCAGCUUUCUAAUGGCUUCCUUGCGAGAAGUUUGUAGCUUCCUCUGUGAGAUCCCGGUCCUCUCCUUGGUUUUAUACUCCUAGACUCCAUCCCUAUCUCUUUCAAUAUUUGUCUUCUCAAACCUUGACCUAUUCUUCUACUUUAGUCUCACCUGCAUUAAAAUUUCCACCCACAACCCAAACUCUAUACAGACACAGUGAUUUCUGGGUCUUUUAAAGGUUAUCUGUCUUCUAACCGACAGGUGUCAAUUAGAAAUAGGAAGUAAAAUUGGCUUCUGGAGGAUUCCCUAUUUAUUAUAUGCAGAGCUGAGGGAUGUGAGUGAAGAGAGAAAGUUACAUAAUGUUUGUCAUAACGUCUCUCCCCAGUCUUGCGUUCACAGAUCCAACACACGAAUCACAGAUCACGUACUUGUUGAGUGUAUAAAGAAUGAAAAAUCAAAAAUUUGGCAAUAUUAUACGUCUCAUUUUCCGAUCUUAUAAGGAUUGUUAUUAAUUUUAAGACUUAUUAUAGUUUUUUCCUAAUCAGAAUUAUUGUAUAAAGGCUUACUGCUGUCAAAUGAAGGUGUUUGGCGGGGAGGGGGUGGAAAGCUUGAUGUCUGGGGUUUAGGCUAAAUGACUAAAGCUACUGUUCCCUGUUACCUCAUUUAGCCCCUCCCCUGUCAUUUGUUCUGAGUGUUUUCAGGAGCAGGAAAAAAAAAGUUAAAUCCAGACUGGAACUGAAAAGCCUAGUGGUGGCACAAUUUUCUCUUCUGUAUUUUAAGUGAACGUCAGUUGUUGUCCUUCAUCACUGGACGCUUGGUGCAGUAAGGCAGUCGUAUAUGUAAUUUGCGAUUUAGGUUUU